GGUCUCGGGCCCCCAGGCGGAGCGGCGGGCGCCGGACCCCCAGGCAGGGCGACAGGUCUCGGGCCCCCAGGCGGAGCGGCGGGGGCCGGACCCCCAGGCGGAGUGACAGGCACGACAGUGGGCUCCGAGUCAACUGGCAUGACCACGGGCACUGGGUCAGACAUUGGAUCGUCUGGCUGGACAGUGGGCAUCGGGUCACCAGGCAUCAGGUCAUUUGGCUCGACAGCGGGCACCGCGUCAUCUGGCAAGGCAGUGGGCACCAAGUCACCAGGCACGACAGUGGGCUCUGAGUCAAUUGGCACAACAGCGGGCACCGGGUCAUCAGGUACCGGAUCGUCUGGCUCGACAGCAGGCACGGGGUCAUCUGGC